UCCUUAGGGCUCAGACACUCCCACACCCCGGCCUCCUUCAGACACCGUCCUCAGCGUCCCAUCCUCACUCUCACGCCGUCCUCAGCCCUGCUGGAGACAUAUUCCUCACCUCACGCCAACAUGAAGCUCGUGAUCCUCGCCUCGCUCGCCGCCGUCGCCAUCGCCGCCCCUCAACGUGGCCGCCAGUUCAACCAGCCAGGUAACGAGGGCCAACGAGACUACAACCAAAUCGCCAUCUUGAGCAGCAACUACGAUAAUUAUGGCGAUGGUAACUUCAAAUACGACUUCGAGACCGAGAACGGCAUCGUGGUAAACGCAAUCGGAGCUCCAGGGUCUCAGGGCCAGAGCAACAUGCAGGGCUCCUACAGCUUCCCGCUCCCGGACGGCACCUACGCUGAGGUCCGCUAUGUCGCUGAUGAACUGGGAUUCCGUGCUGAGUCCCCCCUCAUCCCCACCCCUCACCCCCUCCCCGCCCACGCCAUCGAGCAGAUCCGCAUCGCCGAGGAGCAGCGCGCCCAGGGCAUCACCUGGGAUCAGUAUGGCUUUAGAGUGAACAGGAAAUGAAGGCAUCUUGAGGUUUAAAUACACCUGCUAGACGAAGACCAUCACGGGACUUCAGUAAGACCUGGAUCACUAUUUCUUAUCAUACUCCAGUAAGAGAAAGUAUUAUAUAUAUAUGUAUGUAGUAGAAGAGAGAAAGACAGUCAUGUGGUUUUACGUCCUUCCAAGCAGGACAUCCGCCUAGUCUGUCGUGUUCUAAUAUGAAUAAAAGUUCAAUAAAAAAAAAAUCUGG